GUAGUUCCAUUUUACGUAUAUAUUAGACCCUGUCAGUGAUUUGUAUUUGUAGUAUAAAUAUAUAUAAGAAAACUGUAUUAGUAGAAAUAGUGGUUUAGUUCUUACGCCAUCAAGAUGGAUAUGGAAGAAAAUAAUGAACCCACAACACAAACAACGUUUACGCAUCACAAUCAAAUUAUCCAUGUUCGCCAAGAUUCCGCUUCUGAGUUGGAAGCUCUCUUUAAUACGGUGAUGAAUCCAAACUUUAAAAGCAAGUCAUUGCCUAUGAAAGCAAGAAAUUUGCCAAAGUCGUUUUUCACACAACCUGAUAAACCGCGCCAGCAAGCAGCGUAUCACCACGGACAUUCUCAGUCUGUUGGGGGGUUGGUGGCCCCUAAUUCGGUGCAAAUUAAUCAUUCUAGAAGUUCGAGUUCAGAUUCGAAUGCGUCGCAUGCCUCUGCAAUACACGCCACAAACACCAACAACAACAAUGGGUCUUCUGUAGGAUCCACAACUAUGGCACCGGGCAGUCCAAUGAAUGGGAAUAUAAAUCAUAAAUCAAACUAUCCCAUGUCACCAGCACAAAGAAGGGUAGCUCAUGGUGCAUUUGUAAAUUCUCAAGGACAUGGAAGUCUCCAAUUGCCACAGGUUUCACACAGUAGGUCCAAGUCUUCACCAGCGAGUUUGCAGCUGAUGGACAUUGGAAGUUUAUCAGUUAAAGCAUCAGACAUCCCCCAUGAUAUGCCUUUACCACAUGGAUGGUCCGCCGCUAAAACUGCAGAUGGUCAACAAUAUUAUAUGAACCAUAACGAUCGCUCGACAACAUGGGAAGACCCAAGAAUCGGAAUCCUUAAACAGCAACGACAAAAUCAAGUUGUCAUGCAGAACCAAUCAAUAGCAACCAACAUUCACCAACAAGUUGCACCUUCACAUAGUCCGGCUCAUAAUAUACAAAGUGAUGUUUCACAAAUCCCAUUACCUUCUGGAUGGGAACAAGCCGCCACCCCUCAAGGUGAAAUUUAUUUUAUCAACCAUCAAACGAAAAGUACAAGCUGGGUGGACCCAAGGUUUCAAGGUAUAACACCAACAAACAAUAAUAAUCCACCUAAUAAUUCUCAGCUUCAGCAACAACUUAUGAAAGUAAAUCAAAUGGAUAUUUCAUCCGUUUCUCAGUCCAGACCAACCACCACCAUGCCAGCACAACAACAAAGUAUGCUCAAACAUUUGGUUCAAGAGAAGGAACAUUUAAUGAGGAGACAGCUCAUGAAACAGAAACAGCUCUCUAACCCUGGCAUGGAAAACUUUAUGGGCGGUGGUAAUCCUUCAUUCCACCAACGCGAUGCAAGCUUAGACAGUGGGGUGGGUAUGGGAAGUAACUACAGUUUACCAAGAACUCCUGAUGGCUUUCUUAACAAUGUAGAAGAAAUGGAGACAGGCGAUGUUAGCAGACGUGUACAUGGAAACCCGCAACCAGCCACGCAACAACACACCCACACCAACAACCAAAGGUUUCCAGACUUUCUUGACACUCUACCGGCAUCUAGUGUUGACUUCACCUCCAGUCCUGUGCCCACCAGUGGGGGGCAGAGAGUUUGCACCACGUCUGCGAGCUUAGACGGCAGUGAACUUGUCCCCAGCUUACAGGAUUCGUUGCCGCAGGAUUUUGACGUCGAAAGCAUGCUGAACCACGUCAAGACCGAGAACAUGGAUAAUGGCAUGAUCUGGUUAUAACCAGAUUAAACCAGUUUCAGGGAUUUGUGGUUGUUUACCUUUGGAUGCAGUUAGUGAUACAGUUAACAGAUGUUUUUGGAGUCGAGCAAAUUUGCUUUGAUUUUUAAAAUUUCUUGUUUAAUUGUAUGUUUCAUUCCAAGGGUCCAACUCACAUGUAUAAUAACACUUUGUGCCUUUUUAAAACUCGCACUUUUUUUUACGCGUCAUCUCAAUUUGAGUUUCAAAAAUGUUUUGUGAAUUUUGAGUCUUAUUGUGUUUCAAAUUUCAUGUUUUAAUGAAUUUUAUCGGCUUUUUUACUAAAUCGCUCCCCUAUAUACUUUUACUAAUAUACAAAAUAUCCAUAUUUCACUGGUUAGAUGCUGUUUUAUAAGCACGAGUUUCUAUAAAACCCAAAUCACUGGCGACCUUGUAUAUAUAGUGGUCUUUAAUAUUUUGUGUCAAAAAUCUGUGGCCUUGUAUUUCGUUUUCUUUUCCAUCAGUUUUGCCGAAAGUGCCAUCAAUUUAGCUUACCCAAUCUUUCUGUACAAUAAAUACAUUUAGCCUGUAUAAUA